CACCACCACCACCUCCACCACCUCCUCCACCACCACUAACCACCGUCGCCACUGAGUGAGAGAGGAUGAGAGACAGAGAUGCAACGGAUGCGAUGAUGAUAUGACAUGUUGAAGAAUGGGGUUAGCCGUCUAAGCGACUGGCGACGAAGGUAGGGACGAAGCGGUUUAGCGAGAGCAGUGAAGGCGCGCUACAGCGAGACACCCGGCGACAGCGACGGCGACGGCGACGGCGACAGCGGCGACAGCAGCGACAGCAACAAUUACAACAAUAGCGACGGAGAGAUGGAGAGAUGGAGAUGGGCGCGGCCAAUACAGUGCUGAGAGCCUCACCCGUCUUUGCCUUUUUCUCCUACGGCUUCUACGGCCUCUGCGGCUUCUCCGUAUUCGUCUCCUUCCGCGUGUUCUGCGGCUUCUCCGUAUUCGUCUCCUUCCGCGUGUUCUACAGCAUAUCCGUCUUCGUAUCCUUCUGCGUGUUCUACGGCUUCCCCGUCAUCGUCGCCGUCAUCUUCUCCGGCUUCUUCGCCGCCGCCUUCGAACGGUGGUCAGCAGCCCUAGGUAUUCCCCUGGCUAACUGACCGUACUCUAUGUACCCAGAGUAGGUGCCGUAGGUAUAUUGCGAACAUGGCAGGGUGUGCUUGCUCGACGUCGUACGUACCGGCGUAGACUCUGGUUAGAGUAUCUGGUAUCUACUCUACUUUCUUGCAGAGGAGACCCAAGGAAUGGAAUUGCCGUCUCUCUCUCUGUCUCUCUCUCUCUCACCACUAUGGUAGGUACCGUUUCUUCUCCCUCCCCACCAUACUAUCGAUCCUUCUCCC